AUGUGCGAAAGCGUUCCACGACCUCCUGCUAUGCAUAUCUUAGGACGCCGAUACGCUUUGACUGCAACUGCUUAUAAAUAUUUGAAUAUCGGAAUCAGCGUAGGAGCUGAACCCGUCAUAGACAUAGUCAUUGAUGAUAAUCGUGGCAAACAACUGCUAUUGCCGAUCAAAACUUGGAAUGCGCUAAUGGGGCAACGUGCUGACAUCCAAAGAUUUCUGCAGGCCAAUUUUUAUAAGUCAUCGUCUCCCCCGAUGCGUAUAGAAGAAUUAACAAUAACGUCAUUAAUGAAGGCAUCUGUUGUGGAGCGAUUCAACCGCACGUUAAAGAACAACAUGUGGAAAAUGCUUACGUUCAACGGAACUUACAAAUGGAUCGACUCGUUACCGCGCCUCGUCGUUGAAUACAACACGCGAAAACAUCGAACUAUCGGCAUGCGUCCUAUCGAUGUGACUCCUAUGAUUGCUAAUAAGCUCUUAAACACAGUCUAUAGUAACAUAAAGAUUGCAGCGCCUGCGAAAUUCAAAGUGGGUGAUCUGGUACGCGUCAACUCGCGCGGGAAAUCUAUCGCCGGGGGUUUCUACGAACACGAACUACAUAGUGUCAUCAAUCCAGAUGUAUACUUAGUAGAAAAGGUGUUGCGCAGGCAAGGCGACAAAGUAUAUGUAAAAUGGUUGGGAUUCGACAAUUCGCAUAAUUCAUGGAUACAAAAGGAUAAUGUGUUGUAA